AAGCGGGGCGUGUUGGCUGGCCAGGGCCUGGUACCAGCUCAGUGCUGCUCAUGUCGGACUCUCUGACGGUCAGCAGAACCGACGUCCAGCUGAAGUCGCUCCGCGCUGCAGCCUCUCCACCAGACUCCAUUCAAAAAUCUGACCAUUUAACAGAACCGCCGUGUGGACGUCCAGAACAAACACGUGUGCAUGUGUUUAAAAAGCUUUACGGUUCUGAUCAUCAGUCCGGCGCACACAGUGGUCCGUUUAGUUUGAUGUGGUCUUUUCUCAUUCUGCUGCUGGAACCAGACCCGCAUCUGAUCCGGGUUUAAGUUUGGACUUGGUUAGAUCCGCUGACAGCAGCUCGCGGCCAUGAGGCUGGUCAUCCUGGACGACUACGAGCUGGCCAGUGAGUGGGCCGCCAAGUACAUCCGCAACAGGAUCAUCCAGUUCCAGCCCUCUGCUGACCGGUACUUCACUCUGGGCCUGCCUACAGGGAGCACUCCGUACGGCUGCUACCAGAAGCUGAUCGAGUACCACAGAAGUGGAGAUAUUUCAUUCAAAUAUGUGAAAACCUUCAACAUGGAUGAAUAUGUAGGUCUGCCUCGUGCUCAUUCUCAGAGCUACCACUCCUACAUGUGGAACAACUUCUUCAAGCACACGGACAUCGAUCCAGCCAACGCCCACAUUCUGGACGGGAAUGCAGCGGACCUGGAGGCGGAGUGUCAGGCCUACGAGCACAAGAUCGCAGAGGCCGGAGGAAUCGAGCUGUUUGUUGGAGGUAUCGGCCCUGAUGGUCACAUAGCGUUCAACGAGCCGGGCUCCAGCCUGGUGUCCCGGACCAGAGUGAAAACCCUGGCAAAGGACACCAUCGUAGCCAACGCUCGUUUCUUCAGCAAUGACCUCUCCAAGGUUCCCACCAUGGCUCUGACGGUGGGGGUCGGCACUGUCAUGGACGCCAAGGAGGUGAUGAUUCUGAUCACCGGAGCACACAAAGCCUUCGCUCUGUAUAAAGCCAUAGAGGAGGGCGUGAACCACAUGUGGACCGUGUCAGCCUUCCAGCAGCAUCCACGCACCAUCUUCGUCUGUGACGAGGACGCCACCCUGGAGCUCCGAGUCAAAACCGUCAAAUAUUUCAAAGGUUUAAUGCAUGUUCAUAAUAAACUGGUGGACCCAGUGCUCAGCAUGAAGGACCAGUAAAGCUGUGAAGACCACUAGAGGUCAACAUUCAAGGUCAACUACGGCUGAAUACAACCGGACUGCAGCGCGUGGUUCUGGUGCUGUUGGAUGUCUGAGGAGCUGUUGAGUGUUUCUGUCACGUUCUGAUUGACUCUGAUGAUAACAGGUCACUGAUCAGGUCUCCUGUAGUCCCAGUGAGUUCUGGUCCCAGUGAGUUCUGGUCCCAGUCAGUUCUAGUCCCAGUGAGUUCUGGUCCCAGUGAGUUCUAGUCCCAGUGUGUUCUGGUCCCAGUCAGUUCUGGUCCCAGUCAGUUCUAGUCCCAGUGAGUUCUAGUCCCAGUGAGUUCUGGUCCCAGUGAGUUCUGCUCCACUGGCUCAUGUGUGCACCGCCCUGAGUAGCUGUACUUUAACACAGUAGCUGUAAUGUCUGCAUGAUAGGCAGGUUACUGACAGAGAGGCGUCUCUGGACUCGUUCAGUACCGCGGUACCAUGCAGGACGAGGACAGACCCAAACCAGUGGGGUUUCUGUUGUGUAGGAGUUAACGGUCAGAAGUCCAAGAUGAAGAAAUCAGGCCUUGAACCCUGACCCAGAUGAUCUGGUGUGAGAGCUCAUCCCCACUGACAGCAGUCACCUGAACCCGACUCAGCCCGGUUUCAGGACGCCUUCAGUCCAGCUGUGAUGCGUCUCAUUCGGUCGUUCUGGUUUGUUUCUGACAGACCUCCGCCUGCUGCACGCCGUGUUUCUGGACGUUGUUUAUGACUAAAGGUUGCUCUGGCACCUUCUGACCCGACCCGUCUGAACCAUACCAGAACCCUGUCACCCUGGAGGCCAGCCUGCAGGUUCUGGGCCAGCCUGGACAUCAUGUGUAGCGUAGCUCUGCCCAAGGUUGUGUCAGACACGAUCUCUGGCAUCAGUCGUCCCCGACUGCUCCGACUUCCUGCAGUGGAGGCUGAGUGGUUCUGAUCCGGGUUUCACAGACAGCUGAUGUCUCAGCCUGAACACUGACGUGUGGUGACAGAGCAGGAAGAGCAGCGCUGCCGAUAAGAAAACCUUCAUAUUGUCCCCUCAGUCCUGGUCCAUGUUCAGAGUUCUACGUUGUUCUGCACUGAGCUGAUCUGUUCUGUCUUCUUGGUUUUCUUUUUUCUAACGUCACUCCUGUUAGCUGGUCCAUGUUUGAUCCUCGUUGGGCUUUUUCCACAUGUUCUGUAGCUGCUCUUUAUUUUCUGGUGACAAUAAAAACCUUUUGCAGGAA